AUGAUUAGACAAAAACGAACACACAAUAAUGAUUCAAGUGAUAGUGAUACUGAAUCCAGAAAUUCUAGUAGUUCAAAAUCGGGAGGACAUCCACUAACUGGUGUUUGGAAAUAUUUUGAAAGAGGUCAAUCCAAAGGUGAUGGUCAUUGGGAGGGAACUUGUAAAUAUUGUAAAAAAUUUUAUCCACGUGCCAAACUACAAACUUUACGUGCACAUCUUGCUAAUAGUUGUAAACAUGUUCCUGAGGAGUGGCAACGCCAUUUUAACUAUAUAAUUAUCAAUAAUUUGGAUGAUAUUCCAACAGAUGAACCUAUAUCUGAUGCUGUUUUGUCUUUAGUCAAACGACGAAAAAAAGAUAAGCAAUCUGAGUUAACUAAUUGGUUUGAUUCUACUAAAAUUGAAAUAUCUAGACAAUCAAUGAUUGAUAAAGCAAUUGCACUAGCCUUUAUUAUGUGUAGUAUUCCCUUUCAUGUAAUCAACAAUCCAUUUUUUGUAAAUGCUUUAAAGCUUUUAAAUCCUGGUUAUAGUGUUCUAUCACGUGAAAUUCUUUCAGGACGUUUAUUAGAUACUGAAGUUGCAAAAGUUAUAGAUAAAGUUAAUAAAAUUUUAGACAGUAAUAAUCAUCUUACUAUUGCAUAUAAGGGUAUUGGAUUAAAAUUUGGUACGUUUCCUUCAAUUGCAAGUUAUGCUAGAACGUUGUGGAAACAAAUAGGUAAAACAAAAGAAAGUUGUGAAGCUUUAAUAACACAAUUACGGAUUUAUAAAGAACAAAAAGAAUAUAUAAAUGGAACAUCAAAUCCUUAUCAUCGGACCAGACUAGACGUAGAUCGGUUAGAAGGGUUGGUAAAAGUUUAUCGAUUCAAUUUAUCAAAUCCUACAGAACAACUUCAUCAUACUCAAAUAGUAGAAAUAACUCCUGAUAUGAUGAUGAAUAUUACAGAGACUGUUUUUAAAGAAAUUGAAGAAAAGUCAACAGAAGAUGAUGAUAUAGAAAUGCUUAAUCCUACUAAAGAUCUUUAUUCGAAUGAACAAGAUUUAGAUUUAAGUAUUUCAACAUUUAUUGAUCUUAAAUCUUCA